AGAAAUUGAUUUUUUUUUUUCAAAUGUGAUAAAAUACAAACCAUUAAUCUUAAGAAAGAAAAAGAAAAACGAAAACAACAAUAAAUUCAGUGGUCAAUUCAAUAAAGGCCUGUGUCUGCAGAAGCAGCUUGCAUGAGUAAAGAUUAGAUUGACCAUCAACAGUUCCAUAUCUCACCCACUCAACUUAUCCACCCCCACCACCACCUUCAUCACUCCCCAUAGCUCUCACUCCCACAAAUCCAUGGCUACUCAUAAUACAACUUCCUCAUCCAAAUCCAUGGACCCCCACCUCAGAAACCAACCUCCCGACGCCGCCGUCGCCGUCGUCACUCCUGCCGUUGUCUCUCCCCACCCAACAUCACCAAAACUAGAUCCCCCAACCCCUUUGUCCGACUCAGACAACUUGUCAAAAUCACACCCACCUUCCCCUGUCGGCCCCAGAACAGAGCAAAAGGUAGCCAAAAAACUCAAUGAAACCCCUCAAGAACACACCACUACAGAGAAAUUCAAUGGUUCUGAAGAGAGAUUUGAACAUAUGAUCAACUGUAUCACUGCCAAAGAAAGGGAAAUGAAACAACUUCUAAAGGAACAUGAACAUGUCACUCGCAGACUCUCUAUUUCUCUUUCUUCAUCUCGUAGUGGAAGAAGAAGAUCAUUCUAUGGCUCGCAGAUUCAGUUAGGAGAUGUGUUUGCUAAAAAUGGAGCCAAAGUGGUUUCGGCUGAUAUGCCACCGUUUAUGCAAAUCCAUGCCGUCGAUUGCGCUAGAAAAGCACAUGACAGUAUGGAAAAGUUCACUUCCAAAUCCCUUGCCCUGACUCUCAAGAAGGAAUUUGAUGGGGUUUACGGGCCGGCAUGGCAUUGUAUUGUGGGGAAGAGUUUUGGGUCAUUUGUAACACAUUCAGUGGGUGGAUUUCUGUAUUUUUCCAUGGCUCAGAAGCUUUACAUUCUUCUCUUCAAAACUACUGUACAAAGAGCCAAUUAGAAAUAAUACUGAAUAACCACUCUGUUUCUUGUUCAAACAGGACAGAGCUCUCUCUAA